CCCUCUUUUUUACUCCACCUCUCUCGUCUCCGCCGCCGCCUCCACCGCCCCUCCUCACCUCCGCCUCCUCCAGUCGCCGUUCGUGUCUUCUCUCUCUAUCUCUCGUUCUCGCGCCAUGGCUUCUUCGGUGGGAGACGGAGGCGUGGAGGUGGAGCGGGUCUUCAUCGGCGCAGGUUGCAAUAGAAUCGUGAACAACGUUUCCUGGGGCCCUUCGGGCAUGGUCGCCUUCGGCGCCCAGAACGCAGUCGCCAUCUUCUGCCCCGAGAAUGCUCAGAUUUUGACUACGCUUCCCGGGCACAAGGCCGUGGUCAAUUGCACGCAGUGGCUUCCAACUAGUAAAGAUGCAUUCAAAGUUCAAGAUUUACAGAUGCAUCAUCUGCUCUCAGGAAGUGCUGAUGGUGUUAUCAUGGUGUGGGAGGUACAUCUCAAGCAAAGAGAGUGGAGACAUGUUUUGCAAGUACCAGAAAUGCAUAAGAAGGGUGUUACAUGUCUUACGGGCAUGAUGACAUCUCAUACUGUUGCUAUAUUUGCUUCCAGCUCUUCAGAUGGUAUUGUUCUCGUAUGGGAAAUGGUUCUUCCAUCAAUUGCAGGGGGUGACUGUAAAGUUUCUUGCCUGGAAUCUCUUUCUGUGGGUUCAAAACCUAUGGUUACAUUGUCGUUAGCAGAAUUACCGGGAGAUGCUGGCCGUACAGGGGAUUUGGUUUUGGCAAUGGGAGGGUUAGACCAGAAGAUUCAUCUUUACUGCGGUGAUCAGACUGGCAAGUUUGUUCGUGCUUGUGAACUGAAAGGACACACGGACUGGAUCAGAAGUUUGGACUUUUCAUUACCUGUUUGUUUAGAGAAUGAAAAUAGACCCCUUUUCCUUGUAAGUUCAUCUCAGGACAGAAGCAUACGCAUAUGGAAGAUCAUGGCUCAUGUUUCUUCUGCUAUUUCUGAGCUGCCAUACAAGAAAGAAGACAUUGGCUUGACAUCAUAUAUUGAAGGUCCUGUAUUUGUAAUUCGUUCUGCCUGUUAUCAGGUUUCUCUUGAGUCUUUGCUUGUUGGUCAUGAAGAUUGGGUGUAUUCAGCGGAGUGGCAACCUCCUUUGAUGCUAAAUGGGAGUGAGUAUCAUCAACCCAUGAGCAUUCUAUCUGCAUCUAUGGACAAAACCAUGAUGAUAUGGAGACCUGAACGAACCACUGGUAUCUGGGUAAAUGUUGUGACUGUUGGUGAAUUAAGUCACUCUGCAUUGGGUUUUUAUGGUGGCCAUUGGGCCCCUGAUGGUGAAUCAAUUCUUGCUCAUAGUUACGGUGGAUCUUUUCAUAUGUGGAGAAAUACUGGCACAGAUUCUGAAAAUUGGCAACUAAAGAAAGUUCCCUCUGGCCAUUUUGCUUCUGUGUCUGAUAUUGCAUGGGCUAGAUCUGGUGAAUAUCUACUGUCUGUUAGCCAUGACCAGACUACACGUAUUUUUGCCCCAUGGAGAAAUGAAAUAUGCCUUGGCAGUAAGGCUUCUUGGCAUGAAAUUGCUCGGCCACAAGUUCAUGGACACGAUAUUAACUGUGUGGCCAUCAUACAAGGGGCUGGAAACCACCGUUUUGUUAGUGGUGCUGAUGAAAAAGUUGCUAGAGUAUUUGAAGCUCCUUUAUCGUUUUUGAAAAGCCUUAAUUAUGCAAUAUUCCAAAAGUCUAGCUGCAUCGAUGAUUUUCAGGAAGGUGUACAGAUCUUGGGUGCAAACAUGUCUGCUCUUGGACUAUCACAAAAGCCUAUUUAUGUCCAUGCUGUCAAUGAAGCCUGCAGCAGGCUCCAUAAUGAUAUGUCAGACUCUCUGGAAACAAUUCCUGAUGCAGUGCCUACUGUUUUGACUGAGCCUCCUGUUGAGGAACAACUAGCAUGGCACACAUUGUGGCCUGAAUCCCAUAAGCUUUAUGGCCAUGGGAAUGAGCUAUUUUCUCUAUGCUGUGACCAUGAGGGCAAGCUUGUUGCUUCGUCAUGCAAGUCACAGUCAGCAGCAGUUGCAGAAAUAUGGCUAUGGCAAGUUGGAUCAUGGAAGGCAGUUGGUCGCUUGCAAGCUCACAGCCUAACAGUCACACAGAUGGAGUUUUCUCAUGAUGACUCUUUUCUCCUGUCUGUUUCAAGGGAUCGACAGUUCUCAGUCUUCUCGGUCAAGAAAUCUGGGGAAGGAGCAAGCCAUCAGCUGAUCGCCAAGCAAGAGGCACACAAAAGAAUCAUAUGGGCAUGCUCGUGGAACCCCUUUGGCCAUGAAUUUGCAACUGGGUCGAGAGACAAGACUGUCAAGAUAUGGGCCAUUGAGGAUGGCUCUUCUGUCAAGCAGCUUAUGACCUUGCCUCAGUUCCGAGACAGUGUUACAGCCUUAUCUUGGGCUGGCCGUGAUGCUGCCUGCAAUGCUGGGCUUCUUGCUGUAGGAAUGGACAAUGGGCUCAUAGAACUCUGGAGUCUCUCCAGUGGUAGACCUACCACUGGUUGUGGCUCGGAGCUCUUACCAUUUACUGCUGUCCUUGCAGUUCGGUUUGAUCCUUUCUUGUGCCACAUUUCAACGGUGCACCGCUUAGCAUGGAGGAACCUUGAUGAUGGUGAUUCAAGGGUGUUGCAGCUAGCUUCUUGUGGUGCGGAUCACUGUGUUAGGGUGUUUGAAUUGCAUUGCUGUUGAGGAUACUUGUUAGAUGAUAGAUGGCUAAUGUUAUAUGGAUCAAACAAUGCAUAAUGAAGAUAUCUUGAGAAAAGUUGGAUUUGAUCUUUAACAAAAAAUGUUGUCAUCAUUUGUCUGGCUGGUUUAGGGCAUCGGCAUUUUAUCAGAAGAAGAGUUGAGGGAAAAGUUUUUAUAUUAAUAUAUGUAUUUUUCUAUAAAUUAUUUUUUUGACAUCAUGUAUCAACUAAUUCUAGCUAUUCAGUUCUUCAUCCAGAGUAGGCCUGCUUAUGUUGUAAUUAUAUUGGUAACUAUUUGGGCCAAUUAACACUCAAACAGCUGUUUAAAGUUUUAUCAGUCUGGAAACUGUUCUAGAUGCU